CUCCCCCCCGCCUCUCCCAAGCCACCAAGAGUUCAAGAGUUGCAGAAUGCGCCGAAGCAAAACCAAGAAGGAUAGUGAUGAGCGGGAUUGCGACUGCCGUGCAGAAGGACAGCAACCGUCACAACCGCCGCCACUACCGCGACCGCUGUCAGACCAGCAACGGCAGGCGUCGCUAGCACUCCACUCUGAUCGCAGUGGCUCUUCCCCACGCUCCAGCAACCAGCAGCAAAAGCAAGAUUCGCCGAAGAAGCUGCGCCAGCGACACCGGCGCCAGCGACACCGGCGCAAGCGAAAGCGGCGCAAGCGGCCUCGACCACAUCUUGCCCGUCAAGGGUUUCGUGCGGCCACCUUGCCAUCAGCCAUCCCGUUUCUCGGCCCGCUACAAGAGCAAGAAUCACAGCACUCAGACACCACACCAGCAAGACCCUUCGUCCCCGCAAACCUCCUUGGUCAACGGGGUGACGACCUCGCGAACAGCCAUGGCUCAGGCAAUGACGACGAGAGCGCCACUCGCAACACCCACAGCGUGUUGAGCGGGGAUGUCAUGCUCGACAUGCACACGCUACUGGCCAACCUGGCAUCAUCUCGCACCAUCGACCCAGACCAGCAGCAGGCCCCUCUUGGCCGAUAUGACCCAGAUGACGAGCUGUAUGGCCUGCUGGGCCGCAAUGGCAGCGGUAAGUCCACUCUCCUUCGUGUUUUGGCUGAACGCCGGUUGGCAGACCUGCCGUCCCACAUUUCCACGCUGUACAUCGACCAGGAAGCCAACGCCACCUUCGAUUCUGUCAUCGACUACGUCGUUGCUGGGGACCGCGAGCUGAUGGCGCUGCGGGCAGAGCAUCGGCGCAUCACCGGCAGCAGCGCAGCACCGCACCAUGAGGGCGAUGGUGAUGGUGCUCAUGGUGAUGGUGCUCAUGGUGAUGGUGAUGAGAAGGGGUCAGACAACACAAAACCGCAGCCUUCAGACCAGCAACACCUUUCAGACAAGCAGCAGCAACAGCAGCAGCAGCAGCAGCAGCAGCAGCAGGUGCCGCGCGAUGGCGAUGGCGGCGAUGCGUUGAUGCCGCAGGUGUCUGCGGAUACGGAGCGACUGUUGGAGGUGAUGGAGGAGCUGGACCUGGUCGGCAACAGCACGGCCGAGGAGAGGGCCGUGGAGGCGCUGCAGGAGCUUGGCUUCACCGAGGACAUGAUGCAGUGCUCGUCUUCGUUGCUCUCGGGCGGGUGGCGCAUGAAGGCUGCGCUCGCACGUGCGCUGUUCUGCCCGCCGGAGCUGCUGAUGCUUGACGAGCCGACCAACCACCUUGACCUGCACGGCGUGCUGUGGCUGCAGGACUUCCUCAACGGUCUGGACACGUGCGUGCUUGUGGUGUCGCACGACCGCGCGUUCCUUGACGCCAUCGCCACGGACAUGAUCGUCCUUGACAAGCGCACGCUCACGUACUUCCCCGGCAACUUCUCGGCCUACUUGAAGGACAAAGAGGACAAGCGAAAGCGGCACCAGCACCUGUACGAGGCACAGGAGAAGAAGCGACAGCACAUCCAGGCCAGCAUCGACAAAGGUGUACAGCACGCGCGGCGCACAGGCAACGACAAGGUGUUGGGCAUGGUGGCAUCGCGGAAGAAGAAGCUUGACCGUAGGCUUGGUGUUGAGAAGACGGAGGAUGGCAAGCGUUGGCGCCAGUUCACCCGGCGCAAGACCAACACCCAGAAGCAGUACGAGGCUGCCUGCGAUGGCCAGCGCCGCGUGCUGGAGAAGCCGCAAGAGGAGAAGCCGCUUGUGUUCAAGUUUCCGACGGACCUGCCGCUGCUGACCUCUGGCAAGCGGUGCUUUGAGCUGGAUGGCGUUUCGUUCCAGUAUGAAGGGGCGAGUGAACCUGUGCUUGAGGACAUCACAUUCAGUCUUGACCUUGGGCAACGCAUUGGCAUUCUUGGGCGCAACGGGGCCGGCAAGUCGACGUUGAUCAAGCUCAUCUUCGAGGAGUUGGCGCCAAAAUCCGGGCGCGUGCAGCGCGUGCGACAGGCGAAAUUGGCGCUGUUCAACCAGCACCAUGCAGACGCCCUGGACCUCGACACGUGCGCACUGAAGCACAUGCUGAAGCUGUUUGGGUCGACAAAGAAGGAGCAAGACCUUCGCAAGCACCUGGGGUCGUUCGGGCUCGGGCCGCUUGCCAUGCAGCCGAUGCGGCUGCUUUCUGGCGGGCAGAAGACGCGGGUCUCGCUUGCGGCGCUUGUGCUGGCGGAACCACACGCACUCAUCCUUGACGAGCCGACAAACCACCUCGACUACGAGUCGAUCCAGGCGCUGGCAGAUGCGCUUGAGCAGUACCCCGGUGCUGUCCUGCUGGUGUCCCACGACCGCGACUUCAUGUCCCGCAUUGCAAACGAGUUCUGGGUCCUGAGAGACAAGCACCUCACGCGGUUUGACGGCACCCUGGACGACUACGUCGACUCGCUCGAGCACACCAUGUGAGCAUGCGCCCAUGGUAUCACGUCAUCGCUGCUAUAAUCAACCCAAAAUCACAUAAGGAAGCACGCAAGCACAGGCAGGAGCAAGCAAGCACAGGCACAAGCAAGGGAGCACGCUCGCAAGCAAGCAAGGGAGCGAGCUUGCUUGUUGCUCACCUCACACCCACGAAUACAUUGUCGUUGUCUUGUUACGUUGCGCCCGCAUGCAUCUGAUUUUGACUGCAUUUAAUGGAUGAUAUGAGUUGCCGCCAUGUAUGUGGGCUGUGUGAGCUUGUUUGCUUUUGCUGCGCUGGUAUUACAUGUGCACAUGUGUGUCAAGUGUUCCCCUUGCUUCUCUGCUGCGCCUUGUUUUGCUGGCCAUCUGGUUGGUGUGCUGUUGACUCUAGGUUGGACAUCACGUCGCGUCUUGCCUCCUUCUGUCUACCAAUACACACGCGCCAUCCCAUGUACAUGUGCCAC